AUGAUCCAAGCGAUUGCCCGCCACCAGCUCCAGAGCAUCAUCACGCACCGAUUUACGACUGUUCCCGCCGAUUUACUGACGAACGACACGCCGCUACAGCACUUUCUCAACGACACGACCGACCAGGUGCCAACUUUCCUCAAGAAAACGUACCACUCGGACUCGGCCAACAUGUGGAUCGACAUCCAGCGGGCCCUUCGUCGCGUCAAGCUCCAGUUCACCGGUGUCGGGCCAACGUGCUUUCAGCUCCAAGUUCCCUCGUUUCGACCUCCAGCGACGACCAAGACGGUUCUCCGCCAGCUCAAGUCUCAUAUGCGUGACAUGCACUACCACGCGUGGUGCGAUUUGAAGGAUCAAGGUCGUACGUCGUUUUCUGUCCCGCGGCGGUGGGUUGUUGGAUUGUGA